AUGAAAGGAGCUUUCAAAAAGCCCCCAAUUGAGACGCAGCGCAGAUACGUCACGUUGUACCUCGAUAACCUGUAUCCUCUCUAUCCAGUGGUAGAUAGAGAUAUUAUCGACCAUUUGGACACAACUCCGCCGUUGCUGCUUAACGCAAUGAUGAUGUGUGGCGUCAGAUACGAUACAAACCUAAAACCUGCCGAGAUCAGAGAAACAGCUGAGCAAUUGCGCCGCAAGUGCGAGCUGCUCAAAUUGUGCGAACUCAACAAAAUUACGCUGAUCCAGGGGUUUCUACUGAUGAGCAACCAGGAGGAAUCGCCAACUGGCCCGCAAGUUGCUCGCGAGUAUGUUUCCCGGGCAUGUAUUUUGAUCACAGACUUGGCGUUGCACAACAACGCAGCACGGAACCAACUGUCCAAGCUGGAGACAAACACGCUUGACCACAGCACAGGAUCUAUUUUCUUCAGGCUGUCACACAAAGUGUCGCUGCUUACACGAUUAUUUUGGACAUCUUUCUGUCUGGACAGAGUCCUAACCAUUACCUCGUGCGCUACAAUGUUCUACAACACCUUAGACCUAGCAGUGGACACCGUGAAGCUUGAGGAUUUUGACGGCAACAACAGGGAUUUUGAGAUUUUCCGCCGCUGGUACCAAAUAUGCGACCUGCUAGAGCGAAUUCUUGUAUGCAGGUACCGUCCGCCAGGCAACCGUUCGCUGGACCUAAAUCUCGAAAGAGAUAUUUUAAGUUUGUGCAACAGAGGUGUCGAUGACGACACUCGCAGACUGAUCGGCGACACAUAUACGCGAUUUUUACGCAUCUGCGGUGACUUCUGUGGAAUCAUGUACCUGCGCUCCAAAGUCGAUUUUGUCAGCAUUUUGGAAGACGAGGUCGAAGGACAGCAGCUGCUCCACACCGACUCUCCUUUGUCAGACAACAAAAUGCACUAUCUUUCGCGUUUUGCCAGAAACAUCAUUGACCAGAGUAAGGGAGAACAAGUACAGCAGAUCAUGACGAUACACGCCGUUCUGCACGUAAUGGUCCUUCUGUACUUGGAAAUUGAAGCUAGGCAGCAGGUGCAGACCACGUCACAUGACCCGCUCACGGUGCUCAACUACAAAAAGUCGCUCUUCAAUUACUGUCUUUCAUUUCUCGACCAGAACGGCUGCAAAUGGUUUUUCAGCGCCGCGUGCUACCAUUUGUUCGUGGACCUUAUUUCCUCGCCCAGAAAAAAUAUUAAAAGCUCGCAGGAUCUCCUGUCUCUGCUGUUUGACAGCAACUUGGCAUAA